AGUGCGCUCUACGUAGGGAGGGACUCCGGGGCGGGCGGGGAUGUUUGUCCUUUUCGCUGAUCCGUAGUGACGGGACUCUUGUGGUGUUGCAGAAAUCCGACUUUCAAAAGGUGGCUGUGCUGUUGCGGGGCUCUUGAGACAUUUGGUGCAGCUUCUGAAGGAGCUGCUUCUAAGUAAUUCCUGUUCAGCCAUGUCGCCAGCUCCAGCUGCGACUUCGGUUCCAGCUCCGGCGUCGGUCUCCCUCUUUGACCUCAGCGCGGAUGCUCCAGUCCUUCGGGGCCUGAGCCUGGUGAGCCACGCUCCCGGGGAAGCUCUGGCCGGGGCUCUGGCUACUUCCUGUCCAGGUUCAGGAGAGAGAACAAGCCCAGAAAGAAAAGGACUCCAUGGUCCUCUGGAUAUUUCAGAGAAAUUAUUUUGUUCAUCCUGUGACCAGACCUUCCAGAACCACCAGGAACAGAGAGAACAUUAUAAGCUUGACUGGCAUCGCUUUAACCUAAAGCAACGUCUCAAGAACAAGCCUCUCCUGUCUGCCCUGGACUUUGAAAAGCAGAGCUCCACAGGAGAUCUUUCCAGCAUCUCAGGAUCAGAAGAUUCAGAUAGCGAAGAGGACUUGCAGACACUGAGCAAGGAGAGGGCUGAAUUUGAGAAGCCCAACCAAUCCCCAGGCUUCCAUGCCCAUCGAGUUCUUUUCCAAAAUGCCCAUGGCCAAUUUCUUUAUGCCUACCGCUGUGUUCUAGGCCCUCACAAGGUUCCCCCAGAAGAGGCAGAACUGCUGUUACAGAACCUGCAAAAUAGAGGUCCCAGAUGCUGCGUGGUGCUCCUGGCUGCAGCUGGGCACUUUGCUGGUGCCAUUUUUCAAGGAAAAGAAGUAAUGAUACACAAAACCUUUCACCGCUACACCGUGCGGGCCAAGCGGGGCACAGCCCAAGGUCUUCGAGAUGCCCAGGGUGGGCCAACACGCUCUGCUGGAGCCAAUCUGAGGCGCUACAAUGAAGCCACACUGUAUACAGAUGUUCGGGACCUGCUGGCAGGGCCAGCCUGGGCCAAAGCACUUGAGGAGGCUGAGACAAUCCUGCUGCGUGUCCCCCGUUCUGGCCGUUCCUUCUUCUUUGGAGGCCAUGGGGCACCUCUGCAGAGGGAGGAUCCCCGACUUUGGGUUAUCCCCCUCACCACCCGCAGACCCACAUUCCAUGAGGUCCAGCGUGUGUUUCUUAAGCUGACCACCGUGCAUGUCUAUGAAGACAACCCUCAGGAGACAAUCAGAUUGUACUCACCUCGGAUAUACUGGAAGACUGUGAAAGAGGAGAGGAAGAAGGCUGCUAAGGAAGAAAGAAGAAAGGUCCCCAGUGAUGAAAAUGAGGCACUAGGGAAGAUGGAGGAAUUAUCCAACCAGGGUUCAGGGUCAGAGGGAGAAGAUGGCUCCCGGGUAGAAUUGGAGCUAGUGGAAUUAACUCGGGAGACACUGGAUCUUCGAGAGUUUGAAGUAUUGCCUAAGCGGAGAAGAAGAAAACGGAAUAAAGAGAGAAGUCGAGACCAGGAAACUGGGGCACAUACAACUCUUCUCCAGAAACCUCAAGAAAAUGAGCCCUUCUCUCUGUCAGACCAGACAGUUGAAGCCCCCUUGAAGCCUUUGGUGGAUAAGGCCAAGACCCCUGAUCAGCCAGAGCUAUGGAAUGUGCUUCUAGCUGCUUGCCGAGCUGGAGACAUUGGAAUGCUGAAGCUCCAGUUAGCUGCUGAGCCUACAGACCCUAGAGUUAGGUCCUUACUCAAUGCCCCCUUGGGCUCUGGUGGCUUCACUCUCCUGCAUGCAGCAGCUGCAGCUGGAAGAAGCUCAGUGGUUCAUUUGCUGCUGGAGGCAGGUUGCAACCCCACUGUGCAGGACUCCCAGGCCCGCCCACCUUAUAUGGUAGCAGCUGACAGAUCAACACGUAAUGAGUUCCGAAGGUUCAUGGAGAAGAAUCCGGAUGCCUAUGAUUACAAGAAGGCUCAGGUACCAGGGCCACUGACACCAGAAAUGGAGGCACGGCAGGCCACACGGAAAAGGGAGCAGAAGGCAGCCCGGCGGCAACGGGAGGAACAGCAGCGGAAGCAGCGAGAGCAGGAAGAGCGAGAGCAAGAAGAGCAAUGGAGGUUUGCUGCCCUCAGUGACAGAGAGAAGAGAGCUCUGGCUGCAGAGCGCCGAUUUGCUGCCCAAUUGGGAGCCCCUGCUCCUCCAAUCCCUAACUCUGGAGUUAUCAAUGCUCGGUAUGGGGCUAGGGUUUGAGUCAGAGUGGACUCUAAUGUUGUGGGGACUAUUUGGGGCAAGUGGAAUGAUGGUCUACAUGGUUUUCAGAGGGGUUGCUGAGGGGAUUUGAGAUACUCUGGGAACCUUUGAGAGUUGCAAAAAGCUUGGAGUGGAAAGUUUCUGGGGAACCUGUCCUGCCAUUUUUCUUCCUCUUGUUCAGACGCUGCUGGAGUUGUGGGACUUCCCUCCAAGGCCUCAUUCCCUUUCAUUACCUUGACUUCAGUUUCUGCUCCACACGUUGCCUCCAGGACCAUCGCCGUCGGGCUGGGAAGCCCUCUUCCUGACCUCCUACAGCUUCACCUGGGCCAAAUGUAGGCCCUGAGAGGGCAUAUUGACUCCAGCCCUAGGUUUCUUCUUCCCCAUGAAGCCACAGAGUAUUUGGAAGAAUAGGGUGAGGGAUACUCAGGAACCAGGGCAAAGAUAGGGUCACAGAAGUGUAUGGAGCUGGUACUGUCUCUGGAAUUUUAAUAAAAAGUUUGGCAAGAAAA